AUGCAGAGUAAUUCGGAGAGAGACUCUUCGCCUAGUGACUCAAAUAGCACCAUUGAGUUGCAAAGAUCCGAGAACGAAUAUGAUCACCUAACUAAUACGAUAAUGGAAGAUCUGGGGCAAAAACUUAACCACUACAAGGAAUCCCAGGACACGAGCUCCAGCCAUAUUUUACACUUACCUACUGAGGUUUUGCUACUCAUUUUAUCAUUUGUGACUUCGAAGACUGAUCUUCUUAGUUUUAUGUUGACAUGUAGAAAGUUCGGAGACCUGGUUAGCGGUUUGCUCUGGUUCAGACCUGGUAUUUCCAAUGCAUACGUCUAUAAAGAAAUGAUCAGAAUAAUGAGAAUACCUCCAGAGAAGACAUUUUGGGACUACAAAAAGUUUAUCAGAAGAUUGAAUCUGUCCCUGGUUUCUAACUUGGUUGAGGAUGAGUUCCUAUAUGCAUUCAGUGGUUGCCCCAACCUGGAAAGGAUCACAUUAGUGAAUUGCAGUAAAGUUACUGCUGAUUCUGUGGCGACAAUAUUGAAGGAUGCAUCCAACCUUCAGUCUAUUGACCUUACAGGAGUUGUGAAUAUCACAGAUGGAGUCUACUACAGUUUAGCACGCCACUGUAAGAAACUGCAGGGUCUAUAUGCCCCAGGUUCUAUGGCUGUUUCCAAGAACGCAGUGUACACUCUCAUAUCCAAUUGCCCAAUGCUGAAAAGAAUCAAACUGAGUGAAUGUGUGGGAGUAGACGAUGAGAUUGUUGUGAAAUUGGUGAGAGAAUGUAAAAAUCUCGUCGAAUUAGACCUUCAUGGGUGUAUCAGAGUUACCGAUUAUGCUCUAGUUGUGCUUUUUGAAGAAUUGGAAUAUUUGAGAGAGUUCAAAAUCUCAAUGAAUGAUCAUAUAACAGAGAGAUGCUUCCUUGGGCUACCAAACGAGCCCUACUUGGAUAAGCUUAGGAUAAUUGAUUUCACUAGUUGCAGCAAUGUUAACGACAAACUUGUCAUCAAGUUAGUUCAAUUAGCACCCAAGUUGAGGCAUAUUGUAUUGUCUAAGUGUACCAAAAUAACGGACUCGUCCUUGAGAGCCUUAGCAACUUUGGGCAAGUGCUUGCACUACUUGCAUCUGGGACAUUGUAUUAACAUAACAGAUUUUGGAGUCUGUCAUCUGCUUAGAAAUUGUCAUCGACUUCAGUAUGUCGAUCUUGCAUGCUGUCAAGAGCUGACCAAUGACACCUUGUUUGAACUAUCUCAGUUACCAAGAUUGAGAAGAAUUGGCUUGGUGAAAUGUCACAAUAUAACCGAUCAUGGCAUUUUGUAUCUAGCAAAUAACCGGAGAUCGCCAGACGAUACUUUAGAAAGAGUACAUUUAUCAUAUUGUACACAGAUUAGCAUAUUUCCUAUCUACAAGUUACUAAUGGCGUGUCGCAGACUGACACACCUAUCAUUAACAGGUAUCAGAGACUUCUUGAGAAGUGAUAUUACAAGAUUUUGCCGAGAUCCUCCCAAUGACUUUACUCAAUCUCAAAGAGAUAUGUUUUGUGUUUUCAGUGGUGACGGGGUCCGGAAGCUUCGAGAUCACCUUUCUAGUCUCUACCACCAACAGCAACAAAUUAACAGAUACGUUAACUCUCAAAAUAUAGGAAACUUAAGGGAUGACGGAGAGACUUUGAAUGAGAUCUUCCAGUAUAUUGCAAAUCCAGCCACCCCUGGACAACUACCCCCAAGGGUCCAAGAACUCGUUGAAGCAAGACGGAGAAACAGAAAUCAAGAACGCAUAAUGACUAACACUGUUAACUUUCCUGAACAAAUUAGAAGGUUGUCUCUCCUGCCUCCGGAACAACAACAGGCUUUGCCACAACCAAUUCGUCAACUGAUUGCCCAAGCCACUGCAUCUCCGCUAUCUUUUCCUUUACAAGAUCAGGAGCCACAACAGCAGCAACAACAAGAAAGGGGUCUUGGCAUUCCGCCAGUUGAUAACUUCAGUCCGGUAGUUGAUGAAGGGCAAGAAUAUGAUGAAGACCAAGAGAUGGAAUAA